AUGUAUUUGUUGAGAGCUAUUGCACUGUGCGUGUUCCCAUUGGCGAUGGCUUUUCACAACCACGGUUCCUCGGGUACUCUCGUCGAUUUUUCUGACCCCAAAGUGCAGGGUCACUUGGACGCCCUGGUACGCCUGGCGCAGUCGUGCGUGAUCAAAGUGCGCGCGACCCCGAAGGAUGUACGAGCGUACUUCACCAACUCUGCUCCGGUUACCAGGUCGGGCCAGUGCUUCGCUGCUUGCAUGCUGGAGCAGAGCGACAUCAUUAACCAUGGCAAGGUGAACAGAGAACUGCUGAUACACCAGGCCAGUCUCGUAAACGGCAAGAACUCGCGUGUGGUCAGGAAGCUGAACAGCAUCUCCCGCCUGUGCUUGGACAGCAUCGAGGGCAUGUCUGACAGAUGCCAGCUGGCGUCGACGUACAACGACUGUUUGAACGAGAACAUGCUGGAGUUCGCGUUCCCCCUGGACAUAGCUGAAGAAGCCGUGAGGAAGAUGCCCUUCCACCUGAUACAGCCCAAUUUACCACAAGAAAUGAGGACGUAUUAAACGACGUUUUGAAGAGAAAAUUGAUAUUUUAAAUAAAUUUUGAUAUUUUUUUACUUUAUCAAUAAAAAAAGUCAUCAAGAACAUACA